UGUCCCACGAUCCCAUGGUGUGUCCCCCGCAGCCCGUUUCACCGGCCGUCCUGUAUUCCAGGAGGCCGGCAUCUUCAGUGUGGGCACCCGGCUGUGACAGCUUGCGUCUUCACAGCCGGGUACCCACUGCGCAUGCGUGAGUAUUGCUGAGCUUCAUGAAUGUUCCUGUAGUCUUCUGGGACCUGUCACGUGUCCCAAAAGACUACAGGGAGGGAGGGAGGACACCUUCCGCUUCCGAUAGCCUAGGUGAUUGGACUGGAAGUGGGUGCGGGUACCUGUC